CAACGCUCGCCGGGCGCACACCGGUGCACCUACACCGCGACCGUGAUGGGGCCGUGCUGCUGCAAGCCGAAACAUGAUGAAACAGAACUCUUGCCCGGCUAUGGUGCAGUCGAACGUCGAACGUCAAGUCUAUCGUCGAGUGUCACUACAGGGAGAGGCAUGCACGGAAGGGAGGCCUACAAAUUCCACCCACCCACCUUUGAAUACAAGGAACCUGACGACUUGAUCAGUUCUUUUCCACGCGAAUCAUUUCAAUCAGCUCAAAACGUAGCAGACCUGUUUACCCAAGCAAGAGCGGUUUGCGUGGGGGUAAACGAUUGUCUAAAUGACUGCACGAGGCAGCUAAAGCUCCCAAAGCACGCUUGUCUAAGUGCCUGCAUUGCCACAAUAAAGGAUAAUCUGCGAGGAUGUGCAGUUGAAGUUGAUUUUGUGGACGCUCAACCUGAACGUGGUUGUCCGCCACAAUUGGUUCUCUCACAGGAAGGUAUAAAGGGGAAUGUGGACUUGGCGUGUAACAGACUAAAUGAAGCCCUUAAAUUGGCUUUUGAGUUUUCCAACGAUGAAAAACAUGGGACACUCAGGUAUGACAAGGCUUUAGUGGGAAAUUUCCAGAAAGAGUCGCACUACUUCAGUGAGGAGAUACUAAAAGAACCCAAGUCGCUUCCGUGCCUUCACUCGUUCUGCCAGGAAUGCCUCGAAAAAUACGUCCGUCUCCGACCACUGAACGACGAGGUAGAAGAGGGGGCGCCGCUGGACGUUCGCGACAUCGUCCCGUGUCCCAAGUGCAAGAUUCGGGCGCAACUGGACCCCGUCGGCGGGGAAGGCGAGGCGGGCAGCGUCGUAGCAAGCCUCAAGACCAACGCCUGUCUGAAGAACCUGGUGAGGCACUAUAAAAUCGCCCAGGAGGUGGUUGCGGCCCGUAGGUCUAGGUGCGGUUUUUGCUCAGCGGCGGAUAACGAGGCCGUGGCGUUCUGCCAAACCAGAUGCAACCGAUUCUUGUGCCAGCCAUGCUUGGAAUCACACAGGAGGAUGACCCUUUCGUCGGGUCACAAAAUUGUGAGCCUGGAAGACGUUCGCUCGAAUGGAGAAAAUUCACCAGUGCUGCAGAGUUACAGAACCAGAAAGUGUAGCGAGCAUUUCGUGGAAGGACGUGACGACCCGAACGAGCGAAUGACUGACAUUAACAUCUACUGCUUCCAGUGCAGGAAGGUUAUCUGUUGCAUGUGUGCCAUUACUGAGCACCAACCACACAACCCCAAGAAGGUGGCAAGUAUUAUCAUAAAUGAUCCUGACCACCGUCCACUAAUCGUAGCAAAGAUCAAGGAAACCGAACGAGUCAUGCACGAACAGCUCGAUAUGAGCUCCGCGAAGCUCCAAGGGAGAAAAUUCCACAUCGAAGACGCCAAAUUGAACACCGAAACGAAUAUUAAAAAAAUUGACUUCAUGAGGUUGAAGUCAGAGCUCGACCAAGGAAAGGAAUUCUUACUGCGGCGCAUAGAAAACAUCCGCCAGCAUCAUCUUAACACUCUUCGCCAGCAGAGAAAAGCACUCGGCAGCAAAAGAGCGGCAAUCCAGCGUACCAUCAACUUUGUCGAUCGUCGUCUCAAUCUCGGUAGUCACGAAGACAUAGUCCACUUCAGCAAGGAGAUGAACCAGCAAGUAUCUCGUCUUCUCUGGGAGUCGAGGGAGGACCCACCACAAUGUGCCUACAGGAGGGUGGUUAAUCUUGUUCACGAGGAACAGAACAUGGCUGGGGUGAUGGGAAACGUAUCGGCCGAGCCUUGCAUCGAAAUUUUCACCGCCGACGAAAUCCACAACGUUGAUUUCGCACGCUAUAAGGAAGUCGAAUUCACCGUCACUGCUCGCGACGUUUUGAGAAACGAAGCAGCUGCAGACGAUGAUAUGGUGCUUGUAGAGCUUCAGCCUGUGGGUCGGCCUGCUGACGAGAUUGUACGAGCAAAGGUCACGAAACUCCGAAACGGAAAGUGUCUGGUGACGCUAAAACCACAGAGAACUGGGGAUCACACACUCAGCAUACAGGUGGCUAGGGCCGGCCAGUUUCAACACAUACAAAACAGCCCCUUUCGAGUUGUAGUAGCGGUUAACCUUUCAAUGAACCUCUACGAAGUGUAG